GAACCUUAACGAAGAAGACGUCAUCAUCGACGUCUUAUUGUUGCGACGAAGUGUGAUCGCUUUGUUUUCAUUAUCCGCUGUAUGACUCAUUCGUUGGACUUUAAUUAAAUUAAAACGCCCAUAAGAGAUUCGUUACUGAAGUAUUCAUAAAUAACAGCGAUGAGUAAGCGGAAAGCGCCACAAGAAACUUCAAAUGAGGGAAUCACGGACUUUCUUAUUGAAUUGGCCAAUUAUGAAAAAAAUGUAAACAGGGCCAUCCAUAAGUACAGUGCGUACAGAAAAGCUGCUUCUGUGAUCGCCAAGUACCCACACAAAAUCAAAAGUGGCACUGAAGCCAAGAAACUGGAUGGAGUUGGUGCAAAGAUUGCUGAGAAAAUCGAUGAGUAUUUAACCACAGGAAAACUCCGCAAACUGGAAAAGAUUCGCAAUGAUGAUACCAGCUCCUCUAUCAACUUUUUAACUAGAGUGACUGGAAUAGGCCCAGCUGCUGCUAGGAAAUUCUAUGAUGAUGGUGUCAAGACCCUAGAUGAUCUGAAGAAGAUUGAACAUAAGCUGAACCAUCAUCAGCAGAUUGGCCUAAAAUACUUUGAAGAAUUUGAGAAGAGAAUUCCCCGCUCAGAAAUGGAGAAAAUGGAGGCUUUAAUAUUACAAGAGUUGGAGCAGCUUGACCCUGAGUACAUAGGCACCAUCUGUGGCAGCUACAGACGAGGAGCAGAGUCAAGUGGUGAUAUAGAUAUACUGCUGACUCACCCAGACUUUACCUCCCAAUCCCAAAAACAACCCAGGCUACUCCAUGCAGUGGUGGAGCACUUUGAGUCUAUUGGCUUUGUCACUGAUACUUUGUCCAAAGGAGAUACAAAGUUUAUGGGUGUAUGCCAGCUGCAAAGAGGAGUUGAGGAUGAGAAGGAAUAUGAUCAUCGCCGUAUUGAUAUCAGGCUUAUUCCUAAGGAUCAAUAUUAUUGUGGUGUGCUCUACUUCACUGGGAGUGAUAUAUUUAAUAAGAAUAUGAGAACCCAUGCUCUUGAGAAAGGCUUCACCCUUAAUGAGUACACUCUUCGUCCCCUAGGAGUCACUGGUGUGCCUGGAGAGCCCUUACUGGUGGACAGUGAGAAGGAUAUUUUUGACUACAUCCAUAUGCAAUACAGAGAGCCAAAAGAACGCAGCGAAUGAAAAAACGAGGGGUUUUUCUUUGGGUUUUUUUUGGUAAACUUUUUGAUGCUUCAGUAAACUCUUCUGCAGUGACAUAAUACAAGAAAGUGUCUCUUACCAGUUGUGUACAAAAGCAAGAAAAGUAUGAAGUGAGUAGGAUGGCGCGCAUGUGUGUGUGUGUGUGUGUUUUUUUUUUUUUUUUUUUAAUGAUAUUUUAGACUUAAAAAAAAAAGUUAAACUCAUGUUGGCAAUAAGUUGAUAUGUUUAGAAGUUUGUCAUUUAUUUGGCUUUUCAGUACUGUUUAGGAAAGUAAUUUUUUGAAAACCGUUUUAAGUUUCCAUUCUUUAUUAAGGUGCUUCAUUGUGGAGGUACUUUCCAACAAACUUGCUUAUCUACAUAUGUCAACUUUGAGACCACUUGUGAAAUGAAAUGCAACAAAGUUGUCUACUAAUAUGGUAGUUGGUUUUUGUAUUCAUUUAAUAUUUGUAUUGACUUAACUCUUCAUGUGAUUUAGCAGUGGCCUGCUGGUUUGUGCAACAUUUGGAUUUGAUGAUUAAACACCACAACCUUAAUUGAAUUAAGGCUUAAAUCUUGUUGAAAAUAGUACUGCAGAAAUAGUUUCAGUUAGUAUUUUACACCUGACGCUUAUUGAAGUAUAUCAAUAAUAUGGUGAUCACAUGAGGUGUGAUCAAAAAGUUCUAAAAUAGUUCACCGGGGACAGUGCAUCAAAAGUCGCAUGCUUUGUGUUGUUUUCUUGUAACAUCAUCUCUUGAGAUUCAGUUCAUGGAUGGAUGUCCUGACAUUUUUCUCGAGAAAUAUAUAAUUCAGAAUUUUAUUCUUCAGUGAUGAGAUGUCGUGGGCCACAUACAGCAAAAUAGGCUUAAACUACGAUAAUGCAACUGGGCUUCAGGCUGUGGAUGUUUAGUUGCAUUUGUGACCAUUUUUGGAGACAGUAAAUUUUACACCUGUCUUUUAUAGACCUAUAAAAUUUACUAGCAGUGCAACUAACAAAUACAGUGGUGCUUGAACGUUUGUGAACCCUUUAGAAUUUUCUAUAUUUCUGCAUAAAUAUGACCUAAAACAUCAGAUUUUCACACAAGUCCUAAAAGUAGAUAAAGAGAACCCAGUUAAACAAAUGAAACAAAAAUAUUAUACUUGGUUUUUUAUUUAUUGAGGAAAAUGAUCCAGUAUUACAUAUGUGAGUGGCAAAAGUAUGUGAACCUCUUGGAUUAGCAGUUAAUUGGAAGGGGAAAUUAGUCAGGUGUUUUCAAUCAGUGGGAUGACAAUCAGGUGUGAGUGGGCACCCUGUUUUAUUUAAAGAACAGGGAUCUAUCAAAGUCUGAUCUUCACAACACGUUAAGGCCAAUUUAUGCUGACAACCCAGGCGUCGCAGAUGGCGUCUGCGUAGCCCCCCCACCUUCGCAGACGCUCUGCGCGCACCUCCCAAAAAUUGUGACCACCGCAGAAGCCUCGCAGACAAGAGGGCUCUGAUUGGUCCACUCUACAUCCGCUGUACACGCACUUCACCUUCCCUACUUUCCCAGUUUGGUUUGUUUUCACGACCGCCAUUUUUAAAAACACGAGCGAAGAUGGAGCAGCACGAAGAGCGGUUGAUCGAGGAAGUACGUACAUCUAUACGACUCCAGUUCUAGUCAUUAUAAGUAACCGGAGGAUAAACACUCCACUAACCACACCCACCAACUACUCCUAGCGACUUUGCGUCCCCUUGCGUUGUGGCGGUGAAUAACAUCGCGCACGCCUAUUACUCCCCGCUCAACGAUAAAUUACAACUGUCUGCAAAAAGCUAUCUGCGAAAGCCUUGUCGCAAGAGCAUGCAGAGGCCCUUAGUGGAAGUGUACUCCACCAAUCCACAGUCAGAUUGUGUACAAAUAGAGGAAAUUCAAGACCAUUGUUACCCUCCCCAGGAGUGGUCAACCAACAAAGAUCACUCCAAGAGCAAGGUGUGUAAUAGUCAGCGAAGUCGCAAAGGACCACAGGGUAACUUCUAAGCGACUGAAGGCCUCUUUCACAUUGGCUAAUGUUAAUGCUCAUGAGUCCACCAUCAGGAGAACACUGAAUAACAAUGGUGUGCAUGGCAGGGUUGCAAGGAGAAAGCCACUGCUCUCCAAAAAGAACAUUGUUGCUUGUCUGCAGUUUGCUAAAGAUCACAUGAACAAGCCAGAAGGCUAUUGGGAAAAAUGUUUUGUGGAUGGAUGAGAACAAAAUAGAACUUUUUGGUUUAAAUGAAAAGCGUUAUGUUUGGAGAAAGGAAAAACACUGCAUUCCAGCAUAAGAACCUUAUCCCAUCUGUGAAACAUGGUGGUGGUAAUAUCAUGGUUUGGGCCUGUUUUGCUGCAUCUGGGCCAGGACGGCUUGCCAUCGUUGAUGGAGCAAUGAAUUCUGAAUUAUACCAGCGAAUUCUAAAGGAAACUGUCAGGACAUCUGUCCAUGAACUGAAUCUCAAGAGAAGGUGGGUCAUGCAGUAAGACAACGACCCUAAGCACACAAGUUGUUUUACCAAAGAAUGGUUAAAGAAGAAGAAAGUUAAUGUUUUGGAAUGGCCAAGUCAAAGUCCUGACCUUAAUCCAAUUGAAAUGUUGUGGAAGGACCUGAAGCAACCAGUUCAUGUGAGGAAACCCACCAACAUCCCAGAGUUGAAGCUGUUCUGUACGGAGAAAUGGGCUAAAAUUCCAAGCCAGUGUGCAGGAGUGAUCAACAGUUACUGGAAACGUUUAGUUGCAGUUAUUGCUGCACAAGGGGAUUACACCAGAUACUGAAAGCAAAGGUUCACAUACUUUUGCCACUCACAGAUAUGUAAUAUUGGCUCAUUUUCCUCAAUAAAUAAAUGACCAAGUAUAAUAUUUUUGUCUC